CCAGCGGACUUCGAGCAGUUAACAGCACAGAUGAUGAAAACAUAUCGACAUACUACAAUGUAUAUACGGCAUACAAGGCAAUGUAGAUCGCGUUCAGGAUUCCAAUAAUUUAACUUGACAUUUGAGUGAAUGACAUCAUUUGGUCUGGUAAAUCCUCGCCGUGCAAUCGGAAGCAGCAUGUUUCGAUUAGUUUAUCUGACUUCUGAGUGUUUCAUGGAUUCUUUGCGGGAAUUUUGUUCAGUAGUCUACUCAGAAUAAAGAGAUCCUGGUCUAUUAUCGGACCACCACAGAGUCAACACAUGAUGAGCAACAGCAGUAAACUAGUCCAGCCAAGCUUCACUGUCACCCCGGUGGUCCAGAGCAAGAUGCCCCGGCUGGAAGGGCCCAUCAUUGGUAGCGUGGCGUCUACAGAGGCAGGGGGCUCUCUAAACCAGCCAGCCUGGCUCACUACCCCUCUGCCUCCCACCACACACCCCAGACCCAUGCUCUGCAGAACAGGGCCUACUUCACCUAUGACCUCGGGGGUCACGACCUCUCUGACCCUGACCUCCGACCUUCCUGGAGCCCCUCUGAGGGGUGGCUGCUGAACAGGAGGAAUGUGGGGGUUUCCCCUCAGAGCACGGAGGAGGGGUCGUUACGAAACCACAUAGUUUACAGCAGGGCAGAGGCUUUUUCUACUGAGACUAGUAGUGUUAGUGGUAGUAACACUGUCUCUGCUACUGCUCAGGACACUCCAGCUACGCAGGGUUUUACCUACUACACCAGGAGCCCAGGCGGGCUGAGGAGUCCCACCAGCGGGCCUGGGACCAUCGCUGUGCCCAUUGCUGUGAGGAAGCAGCCCCCUGUUGGAGGAGUUAGCCUCUCCCCUCAGUCUGAGAACUCUGUCUGCCUGAGUCUGGCUGUUCCCAAACCGCUCUACGGACACCCCUCCCCCUGCUGUUCUGAGCUGGGCUGUACUGUAGGACAGAGGCACAGUCUGGAGCAGAGGGGGGGAGUACACAGGAUCCAUCCCCAUCUUAAUGUGUAUGAGGGGUGGAUGUGUAGUCCUAGCUCCCACCACCACCCCAGGGCUCUGCAGCCGGAGCACGGUGUUGAGACAGAGAGACUAUCAGACAGACUGCCUCUAAAAGAUGGCAAGGACCACCAACACCACCCCAAUGGAAUCCCCAACAGAGCAGCAUCGGCACAAAGGUUUCCUGUCUUCAUGGAACCAACCUACAGCAUUGGUUACCCAUGUUCCCCGGCCCGUGCUGUACGAAGCCCCUCCUCAUUUACAUGUGACCCCCUCUCUUCACAGUUAAGCGCCUCCCCCUAUGGGGCUGAUCAAUGCCAACGUCUACAAAUCCCCUCUAAACGUCCAACCUAUCACAGCUUGGUCUCUUCCUCUCACCCCUCCUGCUCUUCCUCUCACCCCUCCUGCUCUUCCUCUCACCCCUCCUGCUCUUCCUCUCACCCCUCCUCCCAUCCCUCUCACCCCUCCUCCCAUCCCUCCUGCCAUCCCUCUUGCCAUCCCUCUCAUCCCUUCCACCCUACAACAUACAAACCCAUGACCCCUUUGCACCAUGGCGUUCCGGUAACAUCACAGGUUUAUCAGGGCCGCUCUCCUCCCACUGUGACCAAAUACAGCCAGCUCCCAGUCACACAGCCCAUGUUUUACUACCAUCCGCAGGCAAAUGUGGAGGGAGAGAGUGAGAGUUGUGGAGUAGGGUUUAAAGAUGCAGGAGGAGGAAUGCACAGAGACAGAGACUGGGAGGAUGUGAUGGUCCCUAAAGGUUCUAAACGACCCUUACCUCCCAGUCCCACCCAGACAGGACCCCAUCUAGCUUCUCAUCUUCCCAGCACAGCAACCCCCUCCCACUACCUUGUCACCCAGUCUAUGUACAGUACUGAUGUCCCCAUGUCUAGCCACAUGGCUCCUAGUAGCCACCCAUACCUCAGGAGUUUUGACCAGCCCUCCUAUCAUCAAUUGUACAGGAUGCCCCUGAAUGCAGCAGGUCAGAUGAGAGCCCCUGCUAUAGCCCCAGAGAGACCCUGUGCCUCUCCAUCUCUCCCCAGCAGCCUACAGUGGACUGAGAGACCCCUGGACUACUCCCUGCCUCAGUACAGAUCUCCAGUCACCUCUCCUCAGGUCUCCUCCCCCAGGAGACACCACCUAUCUCGGGGACACUCUGACUCCACACUUCCUGGAGCCCCAUUGACUGUCUCCACCACACUGUCACGGGCUGACUAUGGCCAUCACAACCACCCAGCCAACCACCACCACCACAGCAACAACCAUGCUACUACAGCCAUGUGUACAACUCCUGUAAACUAUGGCAACCAUAACCACCACACAACUACAGCCAACCAGAACAACCACCAACCCACAACUACACGAAACCAUCACAACGCCACGUGUCCGGGAAUGACUGGUUCUACUGUAGUGAGGCUUCGAGACAGUCCUGUCCCUCAGUCUAAUGUGCAUGGAGACAUGAUCACUACUGGUACCGAAACGCUGAAGAGAUGGGUCUCGGACUCAGACCGACCCAUCAACAUAGACUCUCCCUCACCAAAACACACACAGGACAAUGGGGAUGACGUCAUUGAUGUGGAACUGUAUCAGAAACGACAGAAGAUGAAGACGAACGGAGAGGGAGAUAUAGCAGAGGGAGAUAUAGCAGAGGGAGGGAGAGCAGAGGGAGGGAGAGCAGAGGUGAACGGAGAGGGAGGCGGACUCGAUAGCUGUCAGUCUCCCUCUCCUCCCAUGCCAGUCAUCAACAAUGUUUUCAGCCUGGCCCCAUAUAAGGCUUACCUAGAGGCUGCUGGCAUGCUGUCUCUACCUGUUAGAGGAUCUCAGAGAACUGACCACCAUCCUGCUGGACACUGUGUGCUCAAACCUGAGACCCAAUCACACCCUCACAGACGACAUCAACACAGACAGGAAACAGGCCCUACAUCUGACCCACACAGGCCUGAGAGAGACCCUGAACGAGAGGAAGGGAAGCCUGUAUCAAUCAAUCACAGGAUUGAUAACCAUGUAGUCCGACCAGCCUCAGAACAGCAGAGGCCUGUAGUCCAGCAGAUGAUUCUGGGUACUGUAGUCAGAUCAGACACUACACAGAAGAAGCCUGUAGUGCCUGUUUUUAGUGAACCACCGCAGGAACCAGAGAGGGAGGUGGAAGUGAAGACUGACGAUCUGCAGAUUAAAGUGGUUAAGGAAGAGGAGGAGGAACCACAGCAAGAACCAGAGAGGGAGGUGGAAGUGAAGACUGAUGACGACAUGCAGACUAAAGUGGUUAUUAAGGAAGAGGAAGAGAUGGAGGUGGCAGCAGCAACAACAGAGCCGGGUGUGUUUGUAAAUGAUCUCACCGUGGGUGUUAUUAAGAAAUGUGAAUCUGAUCAACUGGACAGUAAAUUGUCAAUAGCGUCAGAUAAAUAUAUUUCUAUUAUGUCGGCUACAGAUAGAUGUGUGAUGGAAGGAUCUUUUACUUACAACGAGCACCACCAUCAGUCCCAAACUCAGCACCACCAUCAGUCCCAAACUCAGCACCACCAUCAGUCCCAAACUCAGCACCACCAUCAGUCCCAAACUCAGCACCACCAGCCCCUGUCCAACCACCAUCCAUCCCAGCCACAGUCCAACCACCAUCCAUCCCAUCCCCAGUCCAACCACCAUCCAUCCCAGCCCCAGUCCAACCACCAUCCAUCCCAGCCCCAGUCCAACCACCAUCCAUCCCAGCCCCAGUCCAACCACCAUCCAUCCCAGCCACAGUCCAACCACCAUCCAUCCCAGCCACAGUCCAACCACCAUCCAUCCCAGCCCAACCACCAUCCAUCCCAGCCCAACCACCAUCCAUCCCAUCCCCAGUCUGAGCACCAUCCAUCCCAGCCCAACCACCAUCCAUCCCAUCCCCAGUCUGAGCACCAUCCAUCCCAGCCCAACCACCAUCCAUCCCAUCCCCAGUCUGAGCACCAUCCAUCCCAGCCCAACCACCAUCCAUCCCAUCCCCAGUCUGAGCACCAUCCAUCCCAGCCCAACCACCAUCCAUCCCAUCCCCAGUCUGAGCACCAUCCAUCCCAGCCCCAGUCCAACCACUAUCCACCCAAUCCGCCGCAGCCCCACCUACAUCCCAAAUCAACAACUCCACCCCAACCCCUCUCAAUAAGGCAUAGGAUAGUUGGCGCGUUCACCCAUAACAUGCACCACCCUCCCCAGGCCCAUCAGAAGCCCUAUGACCAGACUGCUACACCACACCCCAAAUCAUCCAGCCCUCCCCAAUCCAUCAACCCAGCCACCACCAAACUGAACCUUCAAAACAUCCCUCCUCAAUGUCUCAAACUAUCCACUUAUAAGAUCGUCCUGCCAGAUAACAUGCUCCGGGCUGUUGCUCCCCCUCCCUGCUCUACAGAGGUCCCACAGUCACCCACUGACGCUACAGCUGUAGCCAAAUCCAGCCGCAGCCCUCAUGCCCUUUCAGACAGCAACUACAGCUCCCGACCAGCCAGACAGCACUUCCUAGAGCUGCACCUCUUACUUUGUAACCUGGUUUCCAGCUGUGUGUCCCACACCUCACCCACAGAGCUCCAAACCUGGCUGUCCCAGCUGGACAUCUCCCUUACCUCCACCGCCAUUUCCCCACCCAAGGCCCAGAAGGUGACCUCUCUGCUGGGUUCUGAGGCCAGGGAGGUGUGGCUGAGGGGACCAGAGACCCAGGCUGCCCUCCAGAAUGUGCUCCAGAGACUGGGGCAGUAUGUAGCCCAGAAGCAGUGUCCCUUCCCCCAUGUGAUGAGGGCAGGCGCGGUGUUUGUUCCCAUGCUGGUGGUCAAGGAGCUGCUCUUCCCUCAGGUCCAGGGGGUCUACAUCGACCAGGUUCUCCAGGAGCACAAGGUGGAGUUGAGACCUACCACCCUGUCUGAGGAGAGACACCUGGUGACGCUGCAGAAACGACCAUGUUCCUCCAAGCUCCGCAGGCUCCUGUCACUCAAACACCUGCCUAACAUCUACCCUGACGUUCUCAACCUCUACUAUCACAGCUGUGUCUGCAAGAGCCUGGGUGUAGAGCCAUGUGACACGGCCAGGACACCAGAAGGAACGCUGUGUUCAGAUGAUCUUUGGAAUAGCUCUGCCAGUGGGCUAUGUUCACUGGCCACUAACACUGGACCAUGUUCACAACCCACCAACCGCUGUGACAUUGGAACACAGACCACCACCUCACCACAACACCUGGAGGAAUGUGUCAGUCUGUCUCCGUCUCAGACCCCGAGCUGCAGAGCCACAGCUAGCCUCUCCUCUCAGAGACAGGACCCGAAGAGAGGAUCAUCAUCAUCCUCACACUUUAAGAUGAAAGAGGGGAAAGGCAAGAAGAAGAAGAAGAAGAGCUUCCCCAAACCUCUGUUUGUAGGGACGAGGGAUCGCACGGUGUUGGAGGGUGGUGGGAACACAGAGCAGGCUGGAGACUGGAGCAUUCUAAAGAACACUGUUAAUCAGGAGGAGGAAAGGAACGGCCGGCCGGUGUGGAGCAGUGACAAUGCUGGCAGCGACUCUGACAGGAGGGAUGGAAAGAGUGAUGGAGAGAAAAGGGGAAAGGGGGAUGGAGAGCGGAAUGGAGGCAAAAAGCUGGAGGAAGACGAGGAGCCACCAGCCACACCCCUGCUGGAGGAGGAGUCUAACUCCUGGACGUGCCCUUUGACCUCAGACGAGCUGUCUUCGUCUCCUAGCAACAGGGAUCGAGCCUCCACACUAUUGUCCGUGCCGUCCUACAAGACCCCAUCCUCAGGUUCAGCCUGGUCCCAGGGCCUCAGGACGAAGAGCCAGUCAGGGAUGAUCCUCAAGCUGAGGAAGGUGUUGUUUCCUGAGGGACGUAAAGGACAACAGACGCGAUACCAGGCUGUCUCUGUCUCAGACCGAAACAGUCAGCCUCUUCUCUCAGACAGCCAGCCUCUCCUCUCAGAGACAGAGGAUGGGGAGGCCAGGGGAAAGAGGGACAGGGAGGGGGACAGAGGCCAGGGGAAAGAGGGACAGGGAGGGGGACAGAGGAGAGGCCAGGGAAAGAACCAGGGAUGGAUCCGACUGCCCUCCUCUCUGUCCUCCUCCCUGCGCCGCUCCGUCAUGAAGAUCAAGUACUGCCCCUUCUUGUCUGCCUGCCACAGCUCUGACCACCGCCGGCGCCGCUGGAUCCUUCGCUCCGCCGUGCAGCGCGCCCGCUCCGUCAUGAAGAUCUACUACCCAGACCUGGUGGGGAGACGGAUACAACACCUCUACGAGGAGGGGGACGGGACGGAGGUGUGGUACAGGGGUCUGGUGGUGCAGGUACAUGAGCCACACCCUAACCCACUGAAGACUGUGUUCCAGGUGAAAUAUGACUCUGAACCAGAGUGGCAGUACUACUUGGAGCUGCUCAUAGACUAUGAGAAGGGUUGGCUAAAAAUAGAGGACUGA